AGAAACUUAAAUCUAUCUAUUGACUAUCGGUAAACCUUUUGUGAUUGUUUACUCUACAAAACAAUAUCUUACAGAAGCAGCACUCUUAAAAAACUAACACUGAGAGAAAGAAAGGCUUGCACAACAUUGAAAAUGGCGAAAGCAGGAAAAACUUUUAUGUUUAAGAAACAUUUUGUUGGUUUACCAAAAGAAGAUGAUUUUGAUCUGGUGGAUACCACUUUGCGUGAAUUAGAGGAUGGAGAGUUUUUAUUUGAAAGUCAGUUCCUCAGCGUGGAUCCUUACAUGAGACUCUUCACAAGUCAAUUGCCUACUGGCAUUCCGAUGAUUGGCAGCGGAGUUGGGAAAGUAACAGAGAGUAAAAAUGAGAACUAUCCAGUCAAUUCCAUUGUUGUCGGUCCAUGUGGUUGGACAACUCACUUUAUUGUUACUAAGGAAUUAGUGAAAUCUAAAGAAUUUCUUGUCAUACCAUCAGACAUGCAAAUGUCGCAUUCGCUCGGUACACUUGGCAUGCCUGGAAUGACAGCCUACUUUGGUUUACUCGACAUCUGCAAUCCCAAAGAAGGUGAAACUGUGUUCGUCAACGCCGCUGCUGGAGCGGUUGGUAACGUGGUCGGACAAAUUGCAAAAAUCAAAGGUUGUCGCGUAGUUGGUUGUGCUGGUUCAGAUGAAAAACUUAAAUAUUUGAAAGAAAUUGGAUUUGAUGCUGUUUUUAAUUAUAAAAAUGCCGAUUUUGAAAAAACAUUCUCCGAGCUUUGCCCGAAAGGAAUUGAUUGUUUCUUCGAAAACGUUGGCGGAGCAAUGUUUGAUGCUGCUAUGAAUCACAUGAACAAAUAUGGCAGAAUAGCUGUUAUUGGUGGAAUCUCAGGAUAUAAUAGUGUUCAUGAACCACCAAAGGGACCUUACAUUCAUUUACCUACGAUUAUGAAGGAACUGAAAAUUCAAGGCUUCAUGGCAGGUUCAUACACUGAUAGGAAUCCGGAGGGUUUCAAGCAACUGAAUUCUUGGAUUAAUGAGGGUAAACUGAAAGUUCGCGAGAAAGUCAUAGAAGGAUUUGAAAACAUGCCAAAAGCUUUGAUCAGUUUGUUUCAUGGAGAACACAUUGGAAAGGUUGUUGUCAGUGUUAAGUAGAGUGCACAGCUGGUGUCUAACACACGCACAAGAAAUACAGAAAUUGCUUUUAAAGCACUGUUUUUAUAAUAUAUUUUCACCGUGAUAACGUAAAAACAAAAUUUUUUUUAUCACGUUAAAAGAUGUGCAAUUUGUGUA